AUUAUCAUGAAACAUGCACUGUAUUUGAAAAUAGAAAAUUUCAGUUCUCGUCCAUUUAAUACGUUUAAUUAAAUAAAAUUUUCCUCAUGUUCUAUAUCUUUAAACGUUUACAUUUUAUACAGAUAUCAUACUCAAUUGCUAGAUACUCACAAAAUUCUCAUUCAAAACUUCUCAGUCUACUAAAAGAUAUGCCAAAAGAUCCGACCCAUAUUCUAACAGUACAGAAACAGCGCAAAAAAAUUAAAGAAAAGUUAUCCAGAUAUGUUCCAGGUAAAGUUACUUUACAGGUUCUUGGUACCGGUGCAAGAGGUGCUCCUAGAGCUUUAUAUGUAUUCUCAGACCAAAGUAGAUACCUUUUUAAUUGUGGAGAAGGCACUCAAAGACUAGCACAUGAACAUAAAAUGAAAUUGGCAAAACUAGAACACAUCUUUAUUACUCAACCAGUUUGGCAAAAUAUAGGAGGUUUACCUGGCUUAGCUUUAACAAUACAAGAUGUUGGAGUACCUGAUAUAACCCUACAUGGGCCUCCUGGAUUGGAUGAAAUAUUUUAUGCUACAAAAAGAUUUGUAGUGUUAAGAGAUUUGAAAAUUCACAUGGCUGAAUGUACAGAUGAAAAUAUUUUUGAGGAUAAUGUAAUGAUGGUAAAAUAUGUUCCUCUUACAAGGAAUGCUGAGGGUUUGGAUAAUCAUUUACUUGAAUCUUCUGAAGAAGAACCUGAAGUAGUAUUGAAAAAUACAGGAAUUGAAGCAGUGGUAGAUCAGAUGGAUGCCUCUACUUCUACAAGAAGGGAACGUAGUCGGGGGAAAAGGAGGCAUUCUAAAAGCUCGAGAAAUAAUUCAAGGUCAAAUUCUCUCGAUACUUUUGAAGACAAUAUAGAUUAUUAUGCUCAUGAACGUAAGAAAAACCGAAAACCUAAAAAUUGUUCCAGAAACCAUUCCCGAUCCCGUUCUUUGAGCAGUGAUAGUGGCCUACGUGUACCUCCAAUUCAAAACUCAAAGGAUUCUAGAGAAGUACUUGAGAAAACGAAAGAAAUGGGGGUUUCCAUGGCCUAUGUUUGUAAAUUGCAACCCAGACCAGGGGCACUAAAUCUCGACAAAUGUGUACAAAUGGGGAUCACACCAGGUCCUAUUUUGGGUAAAUUAAAAGCCGGAGAAGAUGUAGUCUUAUCUAAUGGUAAUAUUGUAAGAUCCCAAGAUGUUUGUGAACCUGAUGAUCCAGGAUUAAUUUUUAUUGUGGUUGAUUGCUCUACUAUUGAUUAUUUAGAAUCUUUAAAUAAUAAUGAAACUAUAAAAAAACAUCAAAAAUAUUCGGAUGAUGAAAACGAAAUAGCAAAUUUGAUAGUUCAUUUUAGUCCAAAAGAAGUUGUUGAAGAUUCCAGGUAUCAGGAAUGGAUGGAUAAUUUUCCAGCAAGUACUACACAUUUAAUGUUAAAUGAAUGUAAUGAUUGUAUGGGCAGUGAAGCUGUACAUAGAAUUCAAUAUAAGUUAAAUUUAUUAUCUGAUAAUAUUUUUCCACUAUUAGGUGACAAGGGUACUACAGUUUUAAAGAAAAGUAAUGAAAGUGGAAGUGAUUGUAAAAAGCAAAAAAUGGGUGAUGUGCUGGAAGAUUUACAAAAUAAUUUGAACACAACAAAAUUGUCAGAAAACACAAAACCAAUUACUCCCUUGUUUAUUUGUCCAGACACCUUUUGUGCUUAUCAUCUGAGACCCAAGAAAGGUUUAGAUAGGACCAUGGAAUUGAAACUUGAUCCCGUGGAAUAUAUAGAAGAAACAUUUAAUGUAGCGGACUUCAAAAACACCCUAAGCAUAUUAAAACAAACUUUAAAGUCGAAGAAAAUAACUAACGAAGAAUUUCCGAAAAUGUUGUUUCUUGGAACAGGAUCUUGUAUACCGAAUAAAACAAGAAACACUAGUGGUAUUCUAUUAUCUUUGAAUGAAGAUCAAAACAUUCUCUUAGAUUGUGGUGAAGGAACAUAUGGUCAAAUUAUUCGAUUCUUCGGACCAGAAGCAGCUUUAAAAGUCUUAGCCAAUAUAGAUGCUAUAUAUAUCUCACAUUUACAUGCUGAUCAUCACAUAGGACUGAUCGGUGUUCUUCAAGGAAGAAAACAAGCUAUAGAAGAACUGAAAUUAGAAAAAGAUCCAUGUUUUUUGUUUGCACCCAAGCAGAUUAUGGCCUGGCUCUAUUUUUAUGAUAAAUAUUUUGAGAAUAUCAGAUCAGAGUUUGAACUCAUAGCUAAUGGAGACUUGAGAUGUAUGCAUGUCUGUGAAAAGGGAGCUAUAUACACUGCGACCCAAAAGAUCUGUUGUGUCCUCUUUUCUUGCUGCAGUAUGGGAAUCCUCAGCCGAUAUAUUAAUCCAACUUCUUUGAUAAACUUCAAAAUGUGACAUGGCUCUGGCUGCCAGAGAUAUUCGACAUUUAUUUCAUACACAAAAGAGCAAAUAAAUAUAUUUGCUGCUAAUAUGUAGGUAUACGUGUACAAUUCAUUGCAACCCAAAGAAAUUAUUAUGUCCCCAUUUCAUGCUAUGGAUGUUAGGACGCGGAGAGCUUACAACUGAUGUAUAAUCCUACGCUUUCAAAAAGUUCAGGAUGUGGGAUGGCUCCAGCUAUGGAAGAUAUUCAUUCUCUAUUUUAUAAAGGCGUAAUGCUUUGGAGCUCCAUAGUCUCUCACACUAAAACUAACCUAAAAAAAGUUUACCUUUAGUCUCUGAAAACAAUAAAUUAGUUAUGGAAACACGCGCCAGUAUAAUUGUGAGUGUUGGUGUAAUGUUUUCAGUAUGAAUAUCACCAACGAUUCCAAAAUUUCUAACUUAUUUGUAGAUUAUUCUUGUCUAUUAUUAUGUAGCUAUAACCAGAAAAGAUUUCCAGUGUGUCCCGGGAUCCAUUGGAGAAUAACUUACUCUUCUUACCAAGCUUAUUCCAGGCAUUCCCAAACCAGUUUGAAUUUUAUGACAUCGGAGUUAGAGCUGUGAUGUAGUUAUCGACAGCAUCUUGAGUGAAAACUAUGUGAGGCUGAUUGAUUUAAAUGACCGGGAAGUGUGGUCUCUUUCUUUCCUAGUAUAAACAUUGGCCCUUCUCCAGAGCUCUAGUAUAUAUCCUAGCUCUAGGCUGUUUCGACUUAGGCGGAUCCAGAGUAGCAGGAUAGAUAGAAUAGGAUAGAAAGACUGAGAAGCCAUCUACUCCUUGCGACUUGAAUGAUUGGAAGGUUUUAAUAGCUUAUUUUACUCGUUCACUGCUGCACAUGUACUUAGUCUUUACUUCAAUUUCUCUCGUAGCUCUUAUAUGUUUCUCCAAUCUGUUUUCUGAGGCCGUAUUGGCGUUUCUUGAAAAAUGAGUUUUAAACUCAUGCUCUGUCCCCUUCACACUCCAUUAAGCUACCAUCUGACUAUCUCAUUACCAUCGUUGUAUUGACUUUAUACCUCGCCAAGACCUCAUGAAGUCUUGUAACCAGAGAGUCAAUAUCGCCACAGAAUUUUCUGCUAUACAUGAACGAAAACCAUUAUUCAA